AUGGAGAGUGGAGCAGGAAAGCACUGGACUGAGGAAGAGGUUAAAGCUUUGCUAAGUAUCUGGGCAGAAAAAAAUAUACGAAAACAACUUUAUGGAACACUGAGAAAUAAAGGAAUAUUUAUCUACAUUGCUAAAAGGCUGCAAGCACUAGGAGUAUACAGAGAUUGGAAACAGUGCCGGGCAAAGUACAAAAAUCUCAAAUAUGAAUACAGAACAGUUAAAUAUGCCCACAACUCUGGAGACAGCUCUAAAACUAUGAAGUUCUUCCAUGAUUUGGAUGCGAUCCUGCAGUAUGAACCUGCCACACAAUUAACAGAGGAAGAUGCAAAUGACAGGUGCCUGGCAACGCUGAGCCAAAGUACAGCCCCAGAGAUCACUGAAGGCAAAAUGUCAGUUACAUCAGUAGACAAGGAAGACAUCCCAGGAAAUCCUUUACUUUUGGUUUCUCAUGUCAGACCAAUGGAACUAGUCAUUGCUGGAGAUGCAGCUGAAGACGACUUGGUCAGUAAUUUGUCAGAAGACCUAAGAGAGACAGAUAUGAGACAAAGCCCUGGCACAGAGGAAGACACUGUAAGUACUGCCUCAGAAGAGGUGGGCGGCCCCACAGCACUGCACAGUAUCACUGGGUCAGGUAUUAAUAUUCCUUUAGAAGAUGCUAAAAGUCAAUUACAGAUUAUAACAGUGAGCGACACAGAGGCUGGAAAACACUGGUGUGACAAUGAGGUCAGAGCACUUAUAAACAUAUGGUCUGACGAAAAAAUUAAGCAAAUGCUUGAAGGGGCCACAAGAAACAAAGAAAUAUUUGAGGAAAUUGCCAGAAGACUAAUGCAGUUUGGAAUAGACAGAGAUUGGAAACAAUGUCGUACCAAAUACAAAAAUUUAAAAUAUGAAUACAGAGUUUUACAAAAGAAAAAUGGCAACCCUCAAGGAAAAAUGAGAUUUUAUGAAGAAGUUGAUGGCCUCCUAAGACAACCAUCUCUCAGAACUGCCAAAUGGAAACAUGAAUUAUUUGAAAGUCAUACCAAAAACCCAAGAACUUUGAGAAUCAAGAGAAAAGCACAUGAAGACGAACCAGCGGCAGUAUCUCUUAAGAAAACUGCUCCUGAGAUCACUGCAAAUCAGUUUCCUCAAAGAACAACAGAACCAAAAGAUUGUACAGAAUGUUUUUGCAGUCAGGAGACCCCCUACGUGACCCAACUUCAUCAGAGUCCUGCCUCUCUUCCUAGAGCUGCUGCUGCUUCCAGACCACUCCGGAUAAUGGCGACAGCCGAGGUACUGAAGAUUGGUAAAAAACUCUAUGAGGGUAAAACAAAAGAAGUCUAUGAACUGUUGGAUAGUCCAGGAAAAGUCCUCCUGCAGUCCAAGGACCAGAUUACAGCAGGAAAUGCAGCCAGAAAGAAUCACCUUGAAGGAAAAGCUGCAAUCUCAAAUAAAAUUACCAGUUGUAUUUUUCAGCUGUUACAGGAAGCAGGUAUCAAAACUGCUUUCACCAGAAAAUGUGGAGAGACAGCUUUCAUUGCACCUAAGUGUGAAAUGAUUCCAGUUGAAUGGGUUUGUAGAAGAAUAGCAACUGGUUCUUUUCUCAAAAGAAAUCCUGGUGUCAAGGAAGGAUAUAAGUUCUACCCACCUAAAGUAGAGAUGUUUUUCAAGGAUGAUGCUAAUAGUGAUCCACAGUGGUCUGAGGAACAGCUAAUUGCUGCAAAUUUUUGCUUUGCUGGACUUGUUAUAGGCCAAACUGAAGUGGAUAUCAUGAGUCAUGCUACACAGGCUAUUUUUGAAAUACUGGAGAAAUCCUGGUUGCCCCAGAACUGUACACUGGUUGAUAUGAAGAUUGAAUUUGGUGUUGAUGUAACCACCAAAGAAAUUGUUCUUGCUGAUGUUAUUGAUAAUGAUUCCUGGAGACUCUGGCCAUCAGGAGAUCGAACCCAACAAAAAGACAAACAGUCGUAUCGUGACCUCAAGGAAGUAACUCCUGAAGGGCUGCAGAUGGUAAAGAAAAAUUUUGAGUGGGUUGCAGAAAGAGUAGAGUUGCUUCUGAAACCAGAAAUUCAGUGCAGGGUUGUAGUACUGAUGGGCUCAACCUCUGAUCUUAGUCACUGUGAAAAAAUUAAGAAGGCUUGUGGAAAUUUUGGCAUUCCCUGUGAACUUAGGGUAACAUCUGCCCAUAAAGGACCAGAUGAAACUCUGAGGAUUAAAGCUGAGUAUGAAGGGGAUGGCAUUCCUACUGUAUUUGUGGCAGUGGCAGGCAGAAGCAAUGGUUUAGGACCAGUGAUGUCUGGUAACACAGCAUAUCCAGUUAUCAGCUGUCCUCCCCUCACUCCAGACUGGGGAGCUCAGGAUGUGUGGUCGUCUCUUCGAUUACCCAGUGGUCUUGGCUGUUCAACCAUACUUUCUCCAGAAGGAUCAGCUCAGUUUGCUGCUCAGAUAUUUGGAUUAAACAACCAUAUGAUUUGGGCCAAACUGCGAGCAAGUGUAUUGAACACCUGGAUUUCCUUGAAGCAGGCUGACAAGAAAAUCAGAGAGGGCAAUUUAUAAGAAAGAACGUCAUUGCAUUUUUUAGGAGAAAAACUAUAAAUUUCUAGUUUAGCUGCAGAAAAAAAAAAUCAAGCAAGAUAAAAAGAUUUUAAAUCAAUCAGAGAAAACAAAAUUUAUAAGUGAAUAAAUGCCUCUCUAGAUU